GAUCUAAUGCAUCGAAAUGAAUGGAUUUCAUAAAUAUAUUCUGAUUUUUCUUUGUGGUGAGACAAGACAUGAAUGCCGACAGCCAAGUAAAGGAGGACAUCAAGUUAUUUUUAACGAAGUUUAAAAAUCUGGCUGUACAAUCUUCAGGCAUUUUGCAGGACAGCAAGUCAGAUGUAAACAGCACCUCCCAAGAAUUUUGCAUGAAAACUAACGAAAGGGCGCACCGCUUUAAAAGGAUUAUUGACCUGCAGAAACAGCUUAUCCUUAAAUUGCAAUCCCAAUUGCUGGAAAAAGUUCUCAAUUGCAGCAAUCUCAGGCAAAGAGUUCGCAGGCUCAGUGCAAGUUACAUGAACUUAAAGUCCGAGUUUGAAGAACUGAAGCCGAAAAACACCAAGAUGCCGAUUACUUUAUAAUAACAAAUGUUGAUUUGUUGGAUUGAACAAUAUUAAUAAUUAAUUGAUGAAAUAGACCAUGAAUUUAUUUUAGAGCUUGACGCACUUUUUUAUAUCCUUCGGGCA